AUGGAUAAGUAUCAAUACACGAGAUUCUGUUUCUUAUCGAUCUGCGUCGGAUCAAUCGCACUCGUUUUCGCGAUCUCUCGCUGUUCAGUCUCUUUCUUCGACUACUCUCUCCACAAACUCGAAUUCUCUUUCCCGGAAAGUGAGCUGCAACGUAGCUUCCACAACGCCGCCGGAGACGAGAACAGAGUCGUGGACUCGAGUGACGUCGUCUCUCAGCAGAUCCUCUCCGUCAGAUCGAGAAACGCCACUUUGCAGAGUAAACCGGAGAAUAAGAGGAAGAAGCUAAACCGGAGAAGGAUGGUGGAAGUAGGACUAAGCGAAGCAAGAGCUUCGAUACGUGAAGCAGUUUCUUCUAACCGUAACGUUACAUUGUUCAACGUUGAUCUUCCCAACACACUAGUCUACCGUAAUCCCUCUGCUUUAUAUCAGAGUUACUUGGAAAUGGAGAAGAGGUUUAAGGUGUAUGUAUACGAAGAAGGCGAGGCACCGUUAGUACAUGAUGGACCUUGCAAGAGCGUAUACGCAGUUGAAGGCAGAUUCAUUAGAGAGAUUGAGAAAAGUCGAACCAAGUUCCGUACAUACGACCCUGACCAAGCACAUGUUUACUUCUUGCCCUUUAGUGUUACUUGGCUUGUCAGAUACUUAUACGAAGGCAACUCAGACGCUAGCCCUCUGAGAACUUUUGCUUCUGACUACAUCAGACUGAUAUCCAGUAACCACCCUUUCUGGAACCGAACCAGUGGUGCUGAUCACUUCAUGCUUGCGUGCCACGAUUGGGGACCUCUCACUUCACAAGCUAAUAAAGAUCUCUUCAACACAUCAAUCCGCGUCAUGUGCAAUGCUAACUCAUCAGAAGGGUUUAACCCUGCAAAAGACGCGACUCUCCCUGAGAUUAAACUCUUCGGCGGCGAAGUUGAUCCCAAACUCCGUCUCUCUAAAGCCCUAAUGGUUUCCCCGAGACCACAUCUCGCCUUCUUCGCAGGUGGAGUCCACGGUCCGAUCCGUCCCAUUCUUUUACACCACUGGAAACAACGUGACCCGGACAUGCCCGUUUUCGAAUACCUUCCAAAACACUUAAACUACUACGACUUCAUGAGAAGCUCAAAGUUCUGUUUCUGUCCCAGUGGCUACGAAGUAGCUAGCCCUAGACUCACCGAAGCCAUCUACUCCGAGUGCAUCCCCGUCAUUCUCUCCGUUAACUUUGUCUUACCCUUCAGUGAUAUCCUUCGCUGGGAGACUUUCUCUGUACAGGUCAACGUCUCAGAGAUUCCGAGGCUCAAGGAGAUUCUCAUGUCAAUAUCUGAUGAGAAAUACCAAAGGCUUAAACGUAAUUUGAGGUACGUGAGGAGACAUUUCGAGCUCAACGAUCCACCUAAGAGGUACGACGCGUUUCACAUGAUACUUCACUCCAUUUGGCUACGUAGGCUUAACUUGAGGCUCACGUAA